CUUUGGUGUCGCGAGUAGCUUGAGUUUGGCGAGUCGCGGGUAUUAUCUCAACAGGUGUGGGACCCCGAGGCCUCAGAAAUAAGUUUUAUCUGUCCCGAGGCCCCCUCCUCAUUCAGCGUCUCCCCCAUAAGCGGAUACGGAUUAUCUGGACUCUGCCUCAAACCCAGGAGUCACAGAUGCCAGGAAGUAUGGCCUCCCACAAGAAACUUCGAAAUAGCGCCAGGUUGCCCUUGGCUUUAAAUCCCCUGAAGAGCAAAGACGUGCUGGCAGUGCUGGCCGAGAGGAACCAGGCUGUAGUACCAGUGGGCGCGUGGGUGGAACCUGCCUCCCCACAGAGUUCGGAAAUCCCAGCCUAUACUUCGGCAUGUAUAAUUGAAAAACAAGUAAAGGAACAGCUAAGAAAAAAACAAGAAGCUUUGAAGCAUUUUCAGAGACAAGUCAAAUACCGAGUAAAUCAACAAAUCAGGCUGAGAAAAAAGCAACAGCUUCAGAAGUCUUACGAAGCGGCAGAAAAGGAAGGCUGUAUAGCCAUGCGUUCUUCAGAUCCAGCAUACUUAACUCCUAAAAGAACCAGUGUUUUUCCAAACCACUUGAAUGCUGCUAUUGGAAGUGCUAGGUUACCUCCUUCCCAGAUGCUUGGGGAUGGACUAGAAGACAGAGAGAACCAGAAUCAGUUAUUCCAACAAGCCCAGGCUCUUAGUCAAACCAUGAAACAGGCACGUCACCAGCUGGCAUCCUUUAAAACUAUGAGUAAAAAAAAUGUAUCAGUGGUUCCAGAUGAAACAAGGAACAGCUUUCCCACCCAAGAGGAACCGGACUCUGAGGAAUCUUCAUCUGUUACAACAGACAAGAAAGGGAGAGAAAAUUUGUUUUGGUCGGACCAACAGGAUCUGCUUUUGGAAGACAAGGACAAACCUCUCAGCAGAGUUCGGAAAAUACAAUUCAAAAAUCCAUUAUUUGCUGUGAUGAAAGAGGAAGAACCAAAGAAGGUACACCUUCAGGGCCCACAGGAUAUUCUGCCAGAAACCCAGGAUUACCUUCCAGAAGCCCACGGUGAUCUGACAGGAGUCCAGAGUACUGAGCUGGAAGCCCAGAAUAUGGAGCUGCGCUCUCAGGCUCUUGAGCCCGAAGGCCAAGCUGUGGAGCCCAAAGCCCAGGUUAAGACAGAAACUCAGGGUAUUAUGCUGGAAGCUCACAGUGUUGACCUUGAAGAUGAAAGUAUUCAGUUGGAAGUCCAGCAGUUUCUAUCCCCAAAUCAGGCUUUUCUACCUGAAGACCAGAGUGUUCCACUCACAUGUCAGGACCAGAACUUUCUACCCAAUGACAAGAAUAUUCCACUUGUAUGUCAAGACCAACAUUUUCUAUGCAAAGUCCAGACUAUUCAACCCAAAUGUCAGGACCCAGAUUUUAUACCAAAAUGUCCAAACAAGGAUUUUGUGCCCAAAGAUCAGCACGUUCUACUCAGAUUUCAAGAGCAGCAUUUUCUACCCAGAGACCAGUGUGUUUUGUCUGGAGAAAAGAAUAUUCUGCCCAGAUGUCAAGACCAGGACUUUCUACCCAGAUACCAGAACACCUUUUUCAAGCUGCCGCCAUCUUCUAUAAGAGAAGAGACCGUGCAAGAUGACUUGCCUCUGGAGUGCCGUCGCUAUGUCAGCCCUCAAGCAUCCUCUGGAGAUCAGAGCUUCUACCUUGGGCAGCAGCCGACUGGCGGGACAGUGGAAAGGAGGGGAGAUCUGCUUCAGGAUGGCCUUCAGCAUCUUCCACCCAAGCAUGUUCAAGAGGCUUCCAGCAGAAGACAGGUUUAUGAUAAAUAUCAAUCAAAAUUAAACACCGAAUUCCAGGUGCCGCUGGCACUUCAGCUGGGAAUGGAUGGAGAAGAAGACAGGAAAGAGCGUCAAAAGCAGUAUCUGAGAUAUAGACGACUGUUCAUGGACAUUGAAAGAGAACAAGUAAAAGAACAACAAAGGCAAAAAGAACAUAGGAGGAAAAUUGAAAAAAUUAAGAAGAAGAAAGAGCAGCAACGCUAUGCAGAAGAGCAGAGGAUAUUAAGAAUGAACUUGCCCGAAGAGCCAUGUUCAGAGGAGAGGAUGAGUGAGAUGUUAGCCCAGCUAGAGCUUGCGGAAGUGGAAGAUGCCAGACAGAAACAGCAUCAACGAGAAAAGGAAUACCAAAGGUAUGUAGAAGCUUUAAGGGCCCAGAUCCAAGAGAAAUUGCAGCUGUAUAACAUCACUUUACCUCCGCUGUGCUGCUGUGGUCCUGGCUUUUGGGAUGCUCAUCCUGAUACCUGUGCCAACAAUUGUAUUUUCUAUAAAAACCACAGAGCAUAUACCCGGGCUCUACACUCAGUCCUCAGUUCCUGCGAUAUCCCUGAGGGGAACUCAACUCUUCGGGUCGCCAUUCAUAAUUUUGCUUCUGCACACAGACGGACUUUCAAAAAUGUAUAAUAGGAAUCUGAAAUCAACUGCUAGUAUUUCAACCUUCACUUAAAAUCAAGUCUGAGAGAUUAUUCAGGAAAAGCCGAGGAAGCAUAUGAGAUGUGUAAUCUGGAAAGACAGUCCCACGUAAGAAACCCGUCCCUAUAAUUAUAUCGAACUAUUGUUUCAUUCUCCACCUUGGACCAUGAUGGAGAGUUGACCUCCAAACUCAUCUCUUUGCUGUGAAACAUAUUGAGUCUCUUGUUUUAAAAGUGAUCAGUCAGAUCAGUAAGGUUUCCCUUACUUUGCUCUGCUCUGGUCGGAAGAGAUCAUGAGAAAUCUUGAGAUGGUCCCAUUUAUUGUCUUUCUGAAGCCGCACCUUUGAGCCUUGACACAACUGAAAAUGUCUGGGUGAAGCAGAGACGAAGACGGUCAGACAAGUUUCUGAGCGUCAGUGGCCGUUGGGUUGCUGUGGGCAUCUCUAGUUGUGUCCGACAGAGAGAAGACUCUGAGUUUGACGUGCACUUUCUCCUCAACAUCUCUCCUGUUUUCUUAACACCUGUUUCCUCACUCAGCGACAUUAGACAUAGACUUUUUAAUUUUAUAUUUUUUAUUGCCAAAGAAAGGAAACAAACCCUCCGUCUUUCGAGUACCUUCUUUGUGACGUUUCAAAAAAGCGAAUAUGAGGUCAAAGUGAGUAAAAUCCUGCCUUAGUUAGGGAAGUAAGGCCUUUUAAAAAUCUGGGGAAUGGCAUACCUAUAGAACAAGUGAAAUAAAAAUCGCUGGAGUUAGUGUCCAUUUGUUAUUUCUCCAGAGCGCUUUCUGACACAAAAUAGGAAAAGGUUUAGUGUUGUGAAUUAAAAGUAUAUUAGCAGUUUCUUUCUUGCGCUUUCCCUAAUGUUCGGUGUUGAAGAAGCACUGAGGUUCUGUUGGGAAAAACACCUAAACAUCCAGCCGAGUCACUGAAAAUAAGAGUCAGAAUUACCUGAAUGACACGAUUGAUUGGUUAUUUAACCAGAUUCAUUGUCCAGUUUGGUCAAAAUCCUUAAGUAACUAUCUCUUUGAUUCACCCUUUAAAGUUGUCUUUUUUAACAGCUUUAUUGAGGUAUAAUUCAUAUACCAUAUGAUUCACCCUUUUGAAAUGUGCAAUUCAGUGGUUUUAAUAUAUUCUAGGGUUAUUGCAUCUAUUACCAUUAUCAAAUUUUCAAGCACUUUUUUCACUCUAAAGAAAUGCUUC